AUGAAGCUGGAGAUCUUCGCUCCGCGCUACGAGGACAAGCUCAGCGGGCCCGGCGGCAGCGACCAAGAAGGCGGCGGCGAAGCUUCCCCGCGGGCAGCCGAAAGCGAGCUGGGCUCCGACGGGGAUUGCGCGGCGCUCAGCCCGGCCAGCGGCUGCGGGGCUUCUCCCCUGCAGGGACCCCCCGAGCCUGAGCCUUCGCCUUCCCCGGGAGGCGAGGGUAAAGGACCGUCGGGCCUGUCCGGGAAGCCUUACACGCGCCGUCCGAAGCCCCCCUACUCUUACAUCGCUUUGAUCGCCAUGGCCAUCCGGGAUUCGGCCGGGGGCCGCUUGACCCUGGCGGAGAUCAACGAGUACCUGAUGGGCCGCUUCCCUUUCUUCCGCGGGGCGUACACGGGCUGGCGCAACUCGGUGCGCCACAACCUCUCGCUCAACGACUGCUUCGUCAAGGUGCUGCGGGACCCGGCCCGGCCUUGGGGCAAGGACAACUACUGGAUGCUCAACCCCAACUCCGAGUACACCUUCGCCGACGGCGUCUUCCGCAGGAGGAGGAAGCGGCUCAGCCGUCCGGGGCUCCCUUCGGCCGCCCGGGGCUCCCCUUCGGCUCAGCCCGCUUCCCCGGCUGCCGAUCGGAAGACCCCCUCGGGGGAAUCGGACGUGGGAGCCGUCGGGGGCGCCUCGACCCCUCCGGGCACGAAAUUCUCCAGCCCCUUCGCCAUCGACAGCCUCCUGAGCCGGCCGUUCCAGCCUUCCGAGCGGCAGCCGCGGCCCCACGCCAGGCCGGUGGGCGAACGGGCGGUGGCGUGGGCCGCCCCCGCGAGUUAUUCCCGGCUCCUGGCUCAUCCGGCCGUCUCUUACGGCGUCGUGCCUGCUUUCCCACUGGCGGCGGCCUCUGCCCUUUGCCACUACGGACUCCCGGACCCUCUGCUGCUCGAGUCCUCCAAGGGGAAGGCUUCGAGCGCCCGCGAGCCGCACCAGCCCUUCCACGCGAGACCCUCGUUCCUCUCCUCCCCACGGCUGUCUUCGGCGGAGCUGCAAACGCUGAGCGUUUCUCAGCUCUACUGCCCCCUCCGGCUGCCCAGCUCAUUGCACCAGGUGGCGGCCAGUCAUCACAACACCUUCAGGCCUUAUCAUCCGUCAGAGACUCUCUCAGUGUAA